UAGGCUUUCCUGGAAAAACGAAAACAGGCGAACUAAGCCUUUUUAGCACAAAAAUUAAGGUUUUAGCGGUUUGCGAUCAUCCUAUACCGAAGCAGUUGCUAAACAAAACUUUGAGAUAUAAAAAUCGCUGCUUGGACAUGCUUGUUUCCUCAAAAUUUUCCAAUAUUUUACGUGUUCGGUCUAAAAUAAUACGUGAAAUUAGGAAAUAUUUUGAUGAAAAUAAUUUUGUAGAGGUAGAAACGCCGGUGCUUUCUCAUACAGCCACCGGAGCGCUUGCAAAGCCGUUCGUAACUAAAUUCUCUAGUUCGGAUAGGAAACUCUUCUUGCGGAUCGCACCCGAAAUUUUUUUAAAGACUCUUGUGAUUGGUGGUCUUGAACGGGUUUACGAAAUUGGAAAACAAUUUAGAAAUGAAGGGUUUAGCCACCGGCAUUAUCCGGAGUUCACUAGUAUUGAAUUUUAUGAGGCUUAUGCUGAUAUGAAAGGGCUCGUGGCUCGCACGGAAGCAUUGUUUCGCCACGUGGUGAGGGCUGUGAAGGGGGCGCUUGCCGUUGAAAUUACUCCAAAAGUUUCCAGCGCCGAAGAGCCGCAUGCAAGAAAAGCUGUUAUUCUCGACUUUUCCAAGCCAUUUGCAAGAGUCCACGUGUUGAAGGCCAUUUUUGAAAAAACGGGGCUUUCUGUUGAUGUGUUUGAUAAAAACUUGGAGAUCACUUUGAGAACGCUGUGCACGCGACAGAGCAUCGCCUUUAAAGCCAGCGAUUCGCGGAUACAACUAUUUGAUGGACUCGUCUCGAGCUUGAUUGAGCCAUCCUGCGUGCAGCCGACCUUUCUUGUGGGCUUUCCGUCGUUCAUGAGUCCGUUAGCGUGCGACUCUCCCAGCGAGCCCGGCAUAAGCGAGAGGUUUGAGUUCUUUGUGAACGGGAUGGAGCUAUGCAACGCUUAUACGGAGCUCGGAGACCCCAUGAAGCAGCGGCAGAAGUUUAUGGAAUAUGAAGAGUUGCAAAAUAGGGAAAGUUCCAACCACGUGGCUAUGAACGAGGAGUUUUGCAAGGCUCUCGAGUAUGGCUUACCCCCGACCGUCGGUUGGGGAAUGGGCAUAGACCGGCUCACGAUGCUUCUCACCAACUCAUCCUCUAUUCGCGAAGUCAUAUCUUUUCCCACUUUGGACUACGAAUCUCUCGGAUACCAACAGAAGCAACAAUAA